UGCAGAGAGGAGGAGUGAUCUAAGUCUAUUUAAAGAGGGUCACCCAGUCAUCCAGUCAGGAGAAAUAGCAGAAGGUCCUCGGCGUUGACUAACCGCCUCUAAAUGGUUUUAUCUGCCUGUGGCUGCUUAUUGUCCAUUAUUAGUCCAGACUGAGACUGAGGCCGCUUCACUGCUGAGACUGACUGAGACUGAGACAACCAUCCGUCCACCAUCACUCCACCAGCUCCUCUCUCUCUCUCUCUCUCUCUCUCUCUCUAAGGGCUAUUCUCCUCCUUUUUCCUUCAUUCUUUAUUAUCAGAGGAUACGUGAGAGAUGGGUAAAGAUUACUAUAAAACGUUGGGCAUCUCUAAAGGAGCCACAGAGGAGGAUAUAAAGAAAGCUUACAGAAAACAAGCGCUGAAAUGGCACCCGGACAAAAACAAGUCUGCAGCCGCCGAGGAGAAAUUUAAGGAGAUCGCUGAGGCGUAUGAAGUCCUCAGUGAUCCCAAGAAAAGAGAAGUUUAUGAUCAGUAUGGAGAAGAAGGUCUCAAGGGAGGAAGUGGGCCAACUGGAGAUGGACCAGGCAACACCUUCACCUACACCUUCCACGGGGACCCUCACGCCACCUUCGCCACUUUCUUCGGGGGUUCGAACCCCUUCGAGAUGUUCUUCGGGCGUAAGGCCAAUGGCCGAGACGACGACGACAUGGAGGUGGACGGAAACGACCCCUUCGGCUCCUUCACCAACUUCAACAUGAACGGAUUCCCUCGGGACGGGCACGUUGGCCCCGGAGGGCAGGGGCGCCGGAAGCAGGACCCGGCCAUCAUCCACGAACUGAGGGUCACCCUGGAGGAGGUCUUCCACGGCUGCACCAAGAGGAUGAAAAUCUCUCGCAAGAGGCUAAAUCCAGACGGCAGGACCAUGCGCAACGAGGAUAAGAUUCUCACUAUCGAGAUCAAGCGGGGCUGGAAAGAGGGAACCAAGAUCACGUUCCCGCGGGAGGGGGACGAGUCGUCCAAUACCAUCCCUGCUGACAUUGUUUUCGUCAUCAAGGACAAGCCACACCCUCACUUUAGGCGGGAGGGCUCGAACAUUGUGUAUCCUGUGCGCGUGAGCUUACGACAGUCGUUGUGCGGAUGCUCGGUUACCGUGUCAACGAUAGACGGGAAGACGUGCAACAUGAAGAUCACGGAUGUCAUCAAGCCUGGCAUGAGAAAGACUGUCGCCAGCCAGGGUCUCCCCUUACCCAAAAACCCCGAGCAGAGAGGAGACCUGGUGGUGGAGUUUGAUGUUAACUUUCCCGAGGCGUUGCCUGGCAACGCCAAGGACGUCCUGAAGCGGCAUUUACCUGCUUAGGACGCAGGACACGGACUGAAUGAGGGGAAAUGACAGCAUUGCCCUUGUUACCAAACACCCACACACAAACACACAAGGGCAAUUCUGACAGUUCACAGAUGGACCCUACAACGAAUGUGCAAUUUCUAUUUUUGAGCUGGUGUUUUUAUAAAUACCAUGCAUGCUGCCAAGAUGAUAUAAGCGCAAGUGAGAGACUGUCUGGGUUGUUGAUAUCUGGAAGAAACACAUUUUGUGUAUGUGGGUCUUGGCCACAAUCACUUUAACUUUUUGUUUGUUGGAAAUAUUUGGUAGUAAGUGAGUCUACAGUUGCCAAAAAAAUCAUCCCAGUGAUCCUGGGAAACAUUGCAGUGCCAAACAGUACAUUUUCUUGCUCUCAUUUAGAUCUGACGGGCUUCACUACUGACAUUUUCUUCAGUGUUUAUUUUGUCAUGUAGAGAUACAUGCCUCAAUGUGGAGGCUGUCUUAAAAUCUGUGUACAAGUUAUUCAAGAGGAAAGUGAAGUUGAAUGAACUGGAUGGGCAUGUGUGCAUUUUAGAAACUUAUAUGUGAAGAUAUUGAACUUGAAUUUUAAAAUAAAUAUUUCCACAUGAAGUGAUCUUGAGCUGUUUCAGUGAGGGAGGGGAGGCAUGCGAUGAAUCCUCCUCCACGAAAUAAACCGUAAAACCGUUGAUGCUGCUAAGGCCUAUUUAUAGUCAGUGAACAGUCUGCAUAGCAAUAGUGCACUAAUCGAGCACCAGGAAAUGGUUCUUCAGACGUAUAUUUUAGUAGUCAAAUGUGAAUAUUUUGUUGUUGUAACACUUUUCUGAUGUGCAAUUAAAAAUACGUUGACUGAA